AUGAAGCAACUCAAAGCGACCGAUGUACUGGCAUCAAAACAAGUAAUGCUGAUAGCAAGGUCCUUGAUGAAACUGCUGGAAACAUUUGGGGAUGGGCACAAGAGACGCUUCUUGGACUAUGUCAACAGCAGACUUGGCAUCUCCAAAUCAUCUUACUACUACUACAUGGAGCACUAUGCCUUUAUGUCAAAGUAUCCGAAAUUCCAAACGCUGGCAGUGUCCUUUAGAGUGUUUAAAAGUAUGAUUCCAAAAAUCAAGGAAUGGUUUAUGUCUCAAGAGUGUCAAGCUUUGGACUCUUCUGAUUUCUACUCUGAACACUACUGGAUGAAUGUUGAUGAUGAAAUGGAUGACAACGAUAUGAAUGUUUUAAACGAGCACAAUUCCACCGCGGUGGAAAACCUUCGCAACAAGUAGUUCCUCGUCAGUCGAUGACUCCUUCAGACUGCAGUGAUAAUGAUAAAGUCAUCAGUGGUGGAACUGACAUUGCUACUUUCUUUCACGGAGAGCAAAGUACUGAAAAUGUCCACCACGAUGGAAAAAAGUUCUAGCUGUACACUCCUUGAUAUCUUCGUGAUAGACAGCACGAUUCAUUCAAACCUAUUUCCACCACAUUAAUGUAUCUUUUGUAUUAACUUGUAAAUAGAAAAUCUCUGCAACUAUUGUGUUUAUUAUGAAAAUUUCAUUAUUAUCGGGUGUGUUUUUGAGCCAAACAUUGUCCUCUGAUUGUUUAGUUUUCUUGUACUUUUUAGCUCUCUCCUUCUCUGCCUCGGUAUUAGCAGCAUAAUAGUCUCGGUAUCGUUUCCUUUCAGCUUGUUUGUUUUUGGCAUAGUAAUCUCGGUACCAUUUCCUUAGUUGUUCUUGUUCGUCAACGGAAUACGAAUCCCAAUUCUUAAUACAUUGAAUGUACGCUUGGCGAGUUUUAAUGAAACUAAUGAAUGUCAUUUAUACAGUUGGUU